AUGGAUUUUUCCAGUCUUUACCCUCGAACGGGGCCACCACCAUUCCCUAAUCCCACGACUCUCCCGACGACGCCGCUUCAGCAGAAAGGCCUUGCAGCCUUGUUCAUAUUCCCCAGUCUGUCGAUAAUAAUCGUAUCGAUGCGCAUAUAUAGUCGCGUGACCACACGGACGACGGGUCUCGAUGACUACCUCAUUCUAGGAGCACUUUUUUUUGCUUUGCUUAUGAUUGGACCUCUGUAUAUGUUCAUGAAACUCAAUUACUGGGGAUUCAGAGCCUACGAUGUACCGAAAGACCUCGACCUCGCUGCUGGCUUUUGGUGGAAUUUUCUGGUACAGAUGUUCUACAACCCCGUCCUAGCCCUCGUCAAAGCAUCAAUCCUCUUCUUCCUUCUCCGACUCGGCGGCCACAAAACAAGUAUACGAUAUGCCAUUUACGCACUUAAUAUCUUCAAUGCUCUACACGCUGUUGCCAUUUUCUUUACUGCCUUGUUUCAAUGCUGGCCGAUUGAAGCAAAUUGGGACUUUCCCCUCCGUAAAGAGCCGGGGGUCAAGUGCGUUAGCAACUGGUUCCAUGUCAUCGCAUCGUGCAUCACUAUCGUGACGGAUUUCCUUGUUAUCGCUCUGCCCUAUUGGAUUGUUUUGGGUCUUACCAUGCGAUGGGCAACCAAGAUUGCUGUGAUGAGUGUGUUUGUUUUGGGCACUUCUGUUGGUAUCAUUGGGAUUCUCAGAGUCAUCUCCAUCCACCACCAACUUGUCGAAGGACCCUCCCCAGGCGAAGAUACUUUUUAUACCGUCCUACCUGUAUGGGGAGCAGUCGAAACGAACAUUGCUAUUAUAUCCGCAUCCAUCCCAGCUCUACGACCGCUGUUCCGCCGCUGGUUCCCUGCACUCUUUGGAAGCACUGGAGAAGCUUCUGCCACACCGUAUGCCGAUCGAUAUGGGAACGGCAGUCGAGGAACACACGGCUUGCGGUCACACAACCAUGAGAACAUACACCUCAAAGACUUGCGAGGAUCGAGAAACCAACGAACUGAGAUCCGAGGCGUGUCACCGACGGGAUCGGAGGAGGAGAUUAUGACGUAUAAUGGUAUUAUGAGGACGACCAACAUCAAUGUUGCGUAUGAGGAUACAUCAAGGUGUAAUCGUGCAGAAACUGGAACAACAGAGUCUAGGACAUCUAGUGAGGCGCGAUAUGGAAGCAAGAUGCCAGAGGCCAGAUCAGGUUUCACUUCAUUUCAAUAA